AUGUGGACUACACAUGGACUGGCCCAACGGUCAAAACCCGUCGACGACACCGAUGACAAUGGUGACGAUGUCAUGGUCAUUGGUCUCGAUUUUGGAACUACAUACUCCGGCGCGGCGUGGGCGACCGUGGAGGACUUCGAAAGCGACCAGAUCAACCUCAUCACGACGUGGCCGGACUCAGGUCGAGAAGAGGGGAAGAUCCCCACAGAGCUCUUCUACGAGGACGGCAAGACAUACUGGGGUUACGGUAUCCCCGCGGAUGGUGACCCGGUGCGAUGGUUCAAGCUCCUCUUGCUCAAGGAAGAGGACCUUGAUGCAAACUUGCGCAAUUCAGAGAUUUUGUGGCGCGGUCGCAAAAUGCUGAAGGAGAACGGAAAGACAGCCAUCGACCUCAUUGCGGACUACCUCCGCGCGCUUUGGGUCCACGUCAUCGAAUCUAUCAACAAGUCCCGUGGAGAGUCAGUUGUCGACGCCUUGGUUUUCCGUGUUGUUAUCACGGUUCCGGCUAUAUGGAAAGGCUAUGCGCGGCAAGGUAUGGAGCGGGCUGCUAAGAUGGCUGGAAUUCUCGAUCGUCGGCCGGCCGGGACGACAACUUUGACAUUCGCGCCGGAGCCAGAGGCCGCUGCUCUUUCGACACUCUGUGAGCCUGGUCGCAGGGUAAAGACUGGUGACGUCUACAUGAUUUGCGAUGCUGGAGGUGGUACCGUUGUGAAGGAGGAUCUCAUCAGCUAUGAGAUCGGUGACGUGGAUCCGAUUGCUAUGCACGAAGCCGUCGAAGGAACAGGCGGUCUCUGCGGCGGCGUCUUCAUUGACGAGGCCUUCGAGACUAUCUGCAAGGCGCGGCUGGGAAGGAAGUGGGACCGCCUGAGCAAGGCUGGCAUCAAGGAGAUCAUGAAGGGUGAAUGGGAACACGCUAUUAAGCCUCAAUUCAAGCCGGAAAAUUCCAAGAAGGAGUACAUCGUCGGAAUUCCGGCGGAAGCCUUUGGAAAAUCCAGCUUGGAUGACGCUAGCCGGCAGCCGUACAUUAAGAAUGGGCGCAUCCAUUUCAAUAGCGCGCAUAUCCAGGCGGCGUUCACUGACGCAUUCGACGGAAUCGAUGCUCUUGUCGGCCAGCAAAUCCAAAAAGCGGCUAAGCAAGACUUAUCUAUCACGGUGGGUUGUCCAUAUCUCGGAAUAAUACUGGUAGGCGGUCUCGGAGCGAGUCCCUAUCUGUAUGAGCAUUUGAAGAAGAGGCAUUCUGGUGCCGGUAUUGGCAUCUUACAAUCCACCGGCAUGAAACCCCGAACUGCAAUCUGCCGUGGUGCGGUCUUCAAGGGUUUCCUUGAUGCACUUCAAUCUGGAAGCGGCACGGAAUUCUCCAUCAACAACAUCGAUGCCCCUAUAUCGGUAACGUCCACGAUAGCAAGGGCGAGCCUGGGUAUCAGGUACCGGACACCUUUCGUCAGAUAUCUCCACGACGAGGAAGACAAAGAAUGGGAUUCCGAUGAAGAGGAGUGGAAAGCUGCGAGACAAAUGCGCUGGUAUCUGAAGCGAGGUGAUAACGUAUCCAAGGUCGAUCCUAUUCGUCACUCCUUCUAUAGGACCUACAGGAAGGAUCCAGGACGCUCUUUCAAAGUGCAUCUGUAUCAUUGCCAGGACGAGGUGCCACCGAGCCGGCAAACGUCGAGCGUUUCCAGUCUGUGCACCAUCGACUGUACGCUCGACGUUUCUUUCUCAUCUAUGAAGAGCAUCACAAACCCCAGUGGCAUCAAACUCAAGAAGUUGACAUACGAGGUCGAGAUGGUUCCUUCCGGCGCGACGGUGGACUUCGUGGUCUAUAUUGAUGGCAGAAGGCUGGGGGUCCACAAUGCGAAGGUUUCUUUUCAGUAG